GGUUGGCCCAUACAAAGAUAUUCUACAACACAGCAAAAAGAGUUUAAGCUUAUUCUCGAUCUAUUGUUACCAUGGCGCACCUAGUUAUACACGCACCACUGUACCUCGAACAGUGCCAAAAGUUCCCUACUCCACCGGGUUCAAAUGGUCUGUUCGCCCUUCCUAGCAGCUUCUGUAUCGUUGACAUUCUUAUUGUUGCUAUUGGUACCACCACCCACUACAGCACACACACACACACCAGCAUUACCGGUGGCAUUAUCGCCAACCUCACCCAUCCACCUACCUGCCCGGUACAGCGCGGAAGAAAACUUAUAAUCUUCUCGCUCGGCUGUCUCCAUUUGGGCGGCUCGUUACGAUCGGUUUCUAUCCUCCCAACAUCUUACUACAACCGCCGCCGGCUUCGAUGCUUCGUCUUUGCGCCCCUGUUCACGAUCGUUGCUCGCCUAUCGUCGCUCCUCUCCCCCCGCCCCGGAUCGUGACACAUAUGCUUGGGGGAGAUAUUUUUUUCGCGAUCUCCCACAUUUAAAUCAGUCCACUACUCGACGGCAGCCGGUCCGGACGUUCUGUCGUGUCGUCUGGUCGUCUGGUCUGCGCGGUUUGGUGGUUGCGUGUGUUUCGGUAGCACGUAGUUCUUUCGAGUUGGUUGGUCGCUGGUGUUUUGUGUCUGCCAGUGUCUGCCAGAAGUCGGAGUUAAGCUUGCUGGACGAGUGCAAUCGGAAUCGGUGGUUUUUGGCAACCGUGAAGGUAGUGCUCGUAUCGAUUCAAGUGUUUGAUGUAGGCGAGCUGAUCAUGGUGUGGGGGCUUUCGGGUAAAAGUGGCGUGUGUUAUACGAGUAAUACGAGAUGAGGCGAUGCUAAAUGGUGUGAUUAUCGAAGCCGGUUGCGCGUUGAUUUGGGUGACUCAAGCUGUGAACGGAUCCUGUUACGGAGUGAAAAUUGGAGUUCCUCGGUAGAGUGGUCUAAAGUGUCAAGUUACGGUUGGUUAGAAGAUUGUGUGCGGUUCCGUGAGUUUAAGUAAGCAGCAAAACGUGCCACUAAUUUUUCGUUUGAUUUAUUUACGGAUCGGAGCAGAUCGGCGGUACGACGCGAGCCGACGAUGAUCGUCCGGUGGCCAAAAAUGGUGCGACCCGCCAGUGGUUUGUUGCUGGUCUGCGCAUUGUUGGCCGUUUGGUUCGAUCUGUCCGAUGGUUGGCGUUAUGACAGAGUGCCCAGACUGUAUGGAGACAAGGUGCCGACGAAGGCAAUUUCGCCCCGAUUGCGCAAAGUCCAGCGGCGGAUCGUGAUGCUGCACGACUCGUACCGCACCAAGGUGGUACCACCGGCCGCGAAUAUGCUAAACAUGAAAUGGCACCACGGUGCGGCCCGUUCCGCCCAGAAAUGGGCAAAUCAGUGCCGCGUCCUAACGCACGACACACCGAAGGGCCGUUGGAUCGACAACUUCGGAGCCUGCGGUCAGAACAUCUUCGUCUCGACGCAUCGUGUACCUUGGAUGUUCGCCUUACGGACGUGGUUUUUGGAGCGGCAAAACUUCACGUACGGCUCCACCCGGAACGAUCUGGACAGCGUCGGGCACUACACGCAGAUGGUGUGGGCCGCCACGCACAAGGUCGGCUGCGGGCUGACCAAAUGUCCGAAGGGUGGCCCCCGGGGGAAACCGUUCUACAACUACGUCUGCAACUACUGCCCCAUCGGAAAUCAUGAGGAGAAACUGGGCCUACCGUACAAGCGGGGCCGCCCGUGUGGUUCCUGUAUGCCCAACUGUCUAUCCCGUAAAAUAAGACUCUGCACCAACUCGUGCAAUACCGCCGAUCUGUGGGCAAACUGUCGCGAUCUGUACCGGACCUGGCCCGGGUGGCUCUGCAAUACUGCCACGCCGGAGGGGCUGGAGCGCCAGCGGAACUGUGCGGCCACGUGCACCUGCCAAGGGAAGAUUCACGACUGAACGGAGAGGGGUGAGGGUGGCCAAGGGGUGGUAAGGGUGAGA